UGCUGAGGAGUUUGGCUGCCAGAGAAAGACGUUAUUGUUGAGACUUUCCCCUCCUUCCACAGCUCCCACCCACCCUCUUGGAGAGGAUCUCAAAGGAACGGAACCAGAGAAAACACACACAGCUUGGAGGAGGAUCAUUUGUUUCAGAACCAGACUGGAUUGAGGAGGAGGAGGAGGAAAAGGAGGAGGAAGAGCCCUGGAAGGUAAAAACGCAGGAGGAAGAAGGCCAGGUGGCAACAGAUAAACUUUCUAGACCAUGAAGGUGGUUUCCAGCCUUAUUUUCCCACUCAUUCUUGUUCUACUUUGUGAAGUAAAUGGGCAGAGGCGCAGACCUCCAAAGAAGCGUGUUACUCCUCCACCUGGCGAACCAGUUGAGCCCACAGAGUUGCCUCCACCCUUGCCUCCAGGACCCCCCUCCAUUUUCCCAGACUGCCCUAGAGAAUGCUAUUGCCCUUCAGAUUUCCCUUCAGCCUUGUACUGCGACAGUCGCAACCUGAGGAAAGUGCCCAUCAUUCCACCCAGGAUCAAUUACCUCUACCUUCAAAACAACUUCAUUGAAGACCUUCCUGAGGAUUCCUUCAGAAAUGCCACAGGGGUGAUGUGGAUCAAUCUGGACAACAAUCGUAUCAAGAAGGUAGACAAACGGGUAUUAGACAAGUUGGAGAACCUUAUCUUCUUGUUCAUGGACAAGAACCAUCUUAGGGAAAUCCCCAACAAUCUGCCUCCAAAUCUGGAGCAGCUUCGGCUGAGCAAGAACAGAAUCUCCAAGAUAGCCUCUGGUGCCUUCAACAAGCUGGAGCACCUCACUCUCCUAGAUCUCAACAACAAUGAAUUGAAUGAUGCAGUCUUCAAUAAGAACACUUUCAAGGGGCUCAAGAAUCUUAUGCAGCUCAACUUAGCUCACAACAUACUAAAAAAGAUGCCACCUGGAAUUCCCACUGCUGUGCACCAGCUCUUCCUAGAUCAGAACAACAUUACUGACAUCCCCAACAAUUACUUCAAGGAUUUCCCCAACUUGGCAUUCCUCAGGCUUAACUUCAAUAGCCUCACUGACAAAGGGCUACCCAAGAACUCUUUCAAUAUCAGUAACUUGCUGGUCUUGCAACUGGCACACAACAAGCUUACCAACAUCCCCUACAUCAGCCCCAAGUUGGAGCAUCUCUACUUGAAUGAUAAUUUAAUUGCAACUAUCAAUGGAACUGAGAUAUGCCCCAUGUCUCUGUUCUCUUUCCAAGAAUCAUCCUCAGAUCUUGACAGCGUGCCCCAUCUUCGCUACCUGCGCCUAGAUGGCAAUCACCUGAAGCCCCCCAUCCCUUUGGACCUGAUUAUGUGUUUCCGAAUGUUGCAGUCUGUUGUUUUCUAAGCCUUGUAGCAAUCGCCACUUCCCCAGGACUUUGGCUUUGCGCAGUGACUUGAUUCCAGUCUAUGUUAGACACAGGGAAUAUAUCCUGUCAUCUCUCCCUGACAUUACCUCCCCAGUGCCUUAUCAUUUCUGCUCCAUCCUGUUUCCUACUCUUUUAGCUACAG